UGUUCUGGAUUGUUCUCCACUGCUUGUGCUGCGUCGUUUCUUCCAGUCAACACUUUCAUCCACUAACUGCUUCGCUUCGCCAUCUUGUUUUGGACAGACAACACAGGUUUGAUGUUGAUGAUGAUCUCAGCCACCGACAGGGACAAGGAGAAGAAUGGAGAAGUUAUUUACGAUAUUGAACCAGACCCCGACAAAGCGUCAACUUAUUUUACCAUUGAUCGCAGCUCUGGAAAUCUCACCUAAUGCCAAGGGGCUUGACUACGAGAUCUCAGAGUCAAACAAAUCUUACUAUAACCCUGAAAGCCAGUGAUAACGGCAGGCCCUCUCUGUUUCGAGUCAUUCCUUUCCGGGUGGAGCUGAUGGACAUCGAUGACAAUAACCCAUAUUUUCCUUUGAGAUAUUUGACCUUACAAGUUGAUGAGGAGAAGAUUAAUGCUCCCGUUGGCAGUGUUGCUACUGCCGACGAUGACGACUCUCUACCAGAAAACAGGAUCAUGUGCUACUAUCUUUAUGGCCGGGAAAACACACACGCAUUCUAUCUGACCACCAACGGCAGCCUGUUCACUGCGUCAAGCUGGACAGAGAAGUGCAGGAUACCGUUCAGACUGUCGUCAAGGUCUCAAAAGACUGCUCCUUACCGUUAGACUACUACACCAAAGACAGCAAUAACACCCAUGUCGUUUCAGACUCAAGCUUGUUGCUGGUGACUGUGAAUGUUCUCGAUAUCAAUGACAAUCCGCCUGUCUUCAAAGAAAAAAAUUUUAAUGUCGGUAUACUCUAUGAUCAAGAAAAUGGAACAGCUGUCUAUAACUUGGCGGGUCACGUGAGAGACAAUGACACCGGCAGUAACACAGAGAACAUGUUCGGGUUGGUGAAGAUCAGCGCUGAGGGGACCAUACCCAACGAAGUUCUUCACCCUCCUCCCUUCGCUGUUCUUGUGAGCGGAUCGGUUAUCACGAUGAAACUCUUUUCUUCUGACACUGUCGGCGUUUUCAUCGUCGACGUCAUCGCUUACGAUCGUGACAAGAUGAACGACACAGCGCAACUGAGGGUCUACCUCAUCAGCAACUACCAGCGGGUCAAAGUCGUGGCAGGUUUUAAGCCAAACGAAAUGGAGCUGAACAGAGAGAGUUUUAUUCAAAAACUAUCAGAUGCUCUCAAUAUGAAUGUCGUUGUUGACAAGAUUGCGACACACACAGACUCCGGCGGUCAGCAAGACCCGAGCAGGUCAGAUGUUUACAUCCACGCUCGCUACAGAGGUUCGGGUGAUAUUGUUCCGGCCUACGAACUCUGGAGAGCGUUUGAUUAUUAUCCUCAAGUACAAAAGGUUUUCACAGAGUUCCGGGUCAUAGAGACGCUGCCUGUGCAGGAAGAAAACAAAGCAAGUGAGGAGAAAGACAACCUUCAGAGGCCGUUCAUCAUCGUCGCCGUCGCCUUGGGCUGUGUCGUCAUCGUCCUCAUCUUGGUGUUGAUCAACACCAUCCGAAGAUAUCGCAGGAGGCUGAAGGCAGCAACUACGCCAGCAUAUAUGACGAGUAAACAGGAGCCCGAAGUAUUUGUAGCGCCAGGCACAAACAAGUAUUACGCUGCGGAAAACCCACUGUACGGUCAGAAUUUCAAAACCAUCGACCCAGAUCGUUUGAGUAACGGUAGAGACUCUCUGGACGACAACCAAGUUGACGGAAGUAGCAUAGCCGACGACGAGAAAGAACCAGAAGAAGAACAAGAAAUGUACUUGGACCUGAAUGACGACGGACGGUCACCCUCCCACGUCAACCACCUGGCCAUGGUCAUCCAGCAGUACGAGGAGCAGAACAACGCCAAGAACUCACGGGACGCGCCACCCACCUCACCAGACAAACAUGACAAGGGAGAGUACUCGGGCAGCAAGGGCCGCCACUCCAACGGUCACGUGACAUCUGACAGGCCGAUCGAUCAGGGAGCGUUCGAUGCCUACCUCCACACUGACAUUUAAGUGAUUGAAGAAAACAGACUAAGUAUCCAAUCUUAUACAGCUUUAUGAGUCAAAGGCAUCUUUAUUAUUUUAUUUUAUUACGUAUUUCGGAAGGGCAGUAAUACUUAUCAUACGGACCGGAAGUUAGCAGUGCUUGUUGUUUUAUAUAAUUUUAGCAGCUGAACAGUUUUUUUAACAAUGUGAUGUAGGCAAAGACAAAAAUAAAUUUAGAAUUACCAGAGGCAGGAACAGUCGAGGAAAAGAAUCAAAUAAAAUAAUGGCUGAUACAAGAGUUCAAAGUUCAGUUAAAACAGCGUUCUGCCUUUAAACUCACACAUAUACAGAAAGUAUAUAAAUUAUGGGAAAAACAGCAUUACUGAUACAGGUGUACAUAUAAAUUAAAGAAUAUGCAACGAAAGUUCAAAGGGGUAUAAACUAUAAGUGUAGUUGUAACGAAUGUUAUGUAUUAUAAAUCCUCUGAAGCUUUCUUGCUUGUUAGUUGUAGAUGUUAAUUAAUUAGCAAUUAGCUUCAUAGCACAGUAGGGUCACCUCACACCUGCAUUGUUCUGCAAGAUGGCUUCCACAGUGUCUUUCCUCACAAAGAUGAUCGUGCCUUUACAGCAUCUGGAGUUUACUGAGAUGAAAGAUGACAGCCGUUCACGAUGUUUGUCGACGAAGAAGAGACAACGCAUGUUAAUUAACUCGUUGACAAUAUUUUGUAUUUGUUAAUUCAGUAGUUAAUUCAUUACCAGGCAUGCAUGUUUAGAGACUUUGCGAGUGUCCUCCUUGUUUAUGACCGAGAUUGUUAGGUUCAGUGACUUUACUGUGAUACUGUUCGACAUGUAACUGAAAGUGGACUGAGUGAACAUGCCAAUGAACUUUUUAUAUAUGCUAUAGGUCUGGAAAUAUGUCAGAAAAAUGUGUGGUAAAAUUUGCUGAAAGACUUUGAGGAAAAGCGUUGAUAAAAGAUUUUGAAAUCUUUUGACCGGUGAUUGGUAGAAGACAAUACAGAGUUUUCUAUUAUUUCAAACAGCUGGUGAUGACAACAGGUGAUGUAAAGGAGAUGUAGAGUGUUGAUGUUAUUGACUCUGAGAUAUACUGGGUGGUGGGAGAAGGAGGGUGAGCAGUGGGGAGGGAGGUUCUGUAACGACGAGUGAGCAAGUCCUAAGGUUAUCAGCGGCAUGAGACUAGCCGUGGAUACACUUUCCUUUUAUUAUCAUUAAGCAGAGUUUAUUUUACUCAUUAACAUCCUUUGUCUUUAGUGUUUCAUAAUAAUCAUCAUCUGCAGCGCCAUACACUAAUCUUCCUUGUCUUCUCGAUAGUCACCGGGUUUAUUUUGUCUUUUUCUACUUUUCUUCGUCUACAUUAUCAGUGCACAAAAGUGUCCGUACAGAAAGGUACACUCACACGUACAGACACACACACGCAUGCAUGCAGGAGCUCACGCGAAUACACACGCACGUGCACUCAUGUUCCCGCACACAGAGAAGGAGUUCGAACAGAUGAUUACUCUGUUUGCUGGUCUCAUCUAUAGUCAUGUACAUAUGUGUACAUACACCACCCUCAGCGGACCAACUAUUUUAGAGACGUAUUGUUGUGAAAUCACACUAGAGAGAGAGAGAGAGACAGAGAGAGAGGAGUAACGGGAAAUCUUCACCGUGCCAAUGAAUAAUUUUGAAGUGAGGUUUUCACUCAGUUUAUCCAUAGUGUUUUGCUUGUUUUUUUUGUUUUUUUUAUGGCCUCGUAUUCUCCAAAUACAAACCUUUGAUUCAUGCGAAAAUUAAUUAUGUCACAUUUAUUUAUCCUUCACUUUGAGGAAACCUAGUAAACCUUUCAUGAUAAGACAUGGAAAUUUCAUUCUCCUUAAUAAAGAUUAAGGGAAUAUUAACAUUCGAACCAAAACUGCGGCUUCUUUCACCUGAUCCUUGACUUCGUUUGAUUGUUGUUUUUUUUACGAUGCUGUAUAAAAAGGCUUGUACUUGUAAAUUUUACAAUCGUGAAAUUGUUGAUAUUCACAUUUUUUAAGAAAGAUUUUGUAAAUAUAUUUCACCUUGACAUUCCUGUUUUGAGCUUGUUGACCUGAUUGUAUUUUAGCCUCCCACAAUCCUUUCUGCAAACAAAAACCAAGUGUCUAAUUUGUUUGGUAUUUUGCUUUGUUACCUUUUGUCUCACUUGGCAAACGAUCACUUCCAAUGACAAAUCUCAAAUUAAAAGAAAAGUAUUUUCAUGUU